UUUCGUCCAACUAUUCUGAAGAGCUUUCAAAGUCUCAAAAUAAAGUCAAUCUGCUUUCUCUCGCUACAUUUGCUCAGAAUUAGAAUUGCCCAUCAUUCUUAGACCAUCUCCUACCCAAGUCCCAGGUGUACGAUUUGGGGAAGGCCGAAAGUUCGGCGAUAACGACCGACAGCCUCGUGGUAUCAACCUCAUACCUAUUGCGACGAUCACGGCAGUAGAUAAUCCACGACCCACGAAUCGCAUACGCAAAUAGAAUAUGGCAGCUGCCGCUUUUGGAUCUAGCAGCAAAGGUGCGUGCAGUUUUCCAGGCGCAAAAUUCUCUGCAUCGUACUAACCAAAAGCCUCACAAUCAGGCAACGCUGAAGACACCCCGACAAAGGUUACAUCAAAGAAUGGCAAGGAGAAAUUAAAUGGCCCGAUCAAGUUGAAAAAGCCUCCGCCAAAGCAUAUACGCCCUGGGAACUGGAGAGAUGGGAGUGUUGUUGACGGUAGGUGGAGGGGCAUUCGUAUUGCGACGCGGCCCGCAACAUAUGCGCUGACGUCCUGUCAAUAGACGAUAAAAAGAAAGGAACCGAUACCCCCUCUACUACGAAUUCUGUACCAGCUUCGCCAGGCCCGGUUGUAAAUCCAUUAGAUGAAGAUGCGCGAGAAACUUUUGCUACGGGGCGACCGCUUGAAGAUAGUCCGGAUUUACAAUCAUGCAAACAUUGCAAGAAGAGCUUCCUAACUACCGCGAUCAAGGCGCAUUUGAUACAGUGCUUAGCUGCAAAAAAGGCGAAGGCGCAGAAGAAGAAGGAACAGAAGGAAGCACGCGAGAGAGAAAGAAAAGGACUGGGGGAAGCUCAGAAGGAUGGGGAUGGGGAUACUAAAAUGGACGACGACGACGACGACGAGGAUGUUGCCCCCGAUAAGAAAGGUCCAGAAGGAUUAAAAACUGCAAAGAAAAGCGCAGGGAAGAAAGUCGAACUCGACGAGACCAAAAAGGGGAAGAAGCGCAAGGCAGAUGGGGAUGCUGAAAAGGCACCAAAGCCCAAGAAGAAGAAAGAGGAGCCCAAGUUGAAAGCUCCCAAACCCAAGGGUAAUGCACCAUUUAUUUUAUCUGAGACUGAAACUGAUUUCUCUUUCUCUAAAUUUAUUCCUCGAUCUAUUGUUAAGAAAGCAUCUGCUAAUCACAAAAAAUGUAAAGGUCCAGUUGAUGUCGAGAGACAAUGCGGAGUUAUGAAAGACGGACAGCCAUGUGCUAGGUCUCUCACUUGCAAAAGCCAUUCCAUGGGAGCCAAGCGUGCAGUUCCAGGAAGAAGUCUACCAUACGACAUGCUACUCACAGCUUACCAGAAGAAAAACCAAGCAAAGCAGCAAAGUACGCCUUCUUUCCCCUAUGACUCGAAUUAUUCAUACUAACAAAUUUACAGAAGCAGCAAUUGAUGCCAACGCUCCUCUCGAAGAUGAAGAAGCUGCAAAUGGGCCUGUUGACGAAGACGAGGAACUUACGGCAGUUGUGGCAGGGCUUUCCAACUGGAAUCCCCAACCCGUCGUACCUCCUCUCGUCCACAUGCCCAUCGAGAAAAUCUAUAUGCGACAGAGAUUAUAUGAACAACUACACAACGCCACUAACGGGUUCACUGUCAAUAUCUUCAAAUGCGGUGACGGUGCGAAGAACCCCAAUACUGACACCACCCACGUCGACGGCUUGACCGACGCCGACGGCGAGGUAGAUUUAGGCGUAGGCAUGGCCAACAUCGCUGCACGCCGAGCCAGCGGGUUCAACAUGCAGCUGCCACAAAGAAAGAUUUCUGGACCAAUCAGACCGGUAAAUUGAGAUUACGGUAUACGUGUAAGAGGAGGUGGUAGUGAAUAAUUUUCAUGAGCACAUGAGCGAGCAUUGAUGGGUGUUUGGAGGUUUUUUCUUUUUUCUUUUUGGGUUCUUAUGGUGGUUGGGAAAGUUGAUUACUAUGUGUAUAAGCAAGCAGUUGGAGUUGGGGGCAGGCAGGGUAUACUACAUAGCUACGGCUUUGGGUUUUGGGAUUGAGGAUUGGGAUUGGGAAUGAAAUUGGUUUGGGAGGCAGAAUCGUUUUUCGUUGGACGGCGCGUUUUUCCUUGGGAUAUGUAUUCUAAAGCUGUGGGAUUGCCCAGUCGGGAAUCCUUACAAUGCAAGAUUUUCGAGGGUCCCCAUUAUGAGACAUUUUGUUUGGAUCGAUUGUGUUUUGCCCUUUCGAGUUCUGAGCGAAAGGUAGAGGUGUUCCAUUGGAAAUAUAUUCC